GGUAUUUCAAAGAUAAGGAAUCAAAAUGGCGGACAACCAAACCUCUCCAUGGUUCCCCACCUUACUCAUUCUGACUUGUCUCCAUACCUUCUCCUUUGUAGCGGUGACAGUUAUCCAGUUAAGCAACCUCCACGAGAUACAUGAGCUGGACAGCGCUUUAAAAACUGGACUUCAGGACCUGUAUAGUCAGAUCGAGGAGGAUCCCAAUGUCCACGCUAGGGCCAAACGGGCCUCAUCUUUUGUCACUGAUAUACUCACCUCACAGGCCCAAGUUCUCGAGCAGCAUUGUCUGGAUCACAAUAAGACGUGCCCUACAGGUGCCCCUGGUCGGCCAGGUGCCGAGGGUGAACAAGGCGACCAUGGACAAAAAGGCGACCGGGGACCAGCUGGGUUGGCGGGACAGCCGGGUCUAGAAGGGCCUAAAGGAAAUCCGGGUCAGCAAGGGUCAAAGGGCAUGAAGGGAGACUCUGGAUUACCAGGUGAUUCCGGAUUACCAGGAAUUCACGGAAUCAAAGGUCAAAAAGGUCAACCCGGUGAUAAAGGUCAAAAUGGUAUUCGAGGGGCUAAGGGACAGACCGGAAGUGCAGGUUUACCCGGAGCUAAGGGUAGUCAUGGUGAUCGUGGUGAAACUGGAGCGAAAGGAGAUAAAGGGCAGCCUGGAGUUGCGGGCCCUGCUGGUUCUAAAGGAGCGCCAGGAGUACAAGGUUCCGCCGGAAGUGACGCACGAAUGCUGCAGCCUGGAUGCACCUGCUUACGUCAAAAUCCACCUCCUUUAGUUACGAAUUACCGAAAGCGUUUCAAUAUCAUAUGAUACUUUUGUAUAUGCAAUACAUCGAUAUCUAAAUAUUGACUAAAACACAAACAAAUGUUCUACACUUUGCUUAAUAAAGUCUUAUCAAAUAA